AAAGCUCAAGCUCCAAAGACCUCUCACUCUAUCCCCUUCUCAAACAUAAGAGGAAAAGAAAAAAUGAACCUUUCGAAAAUCAGCAAGCAUCGCUGCCUAUUACAGUUCAGAAUCCACAUAAAUCCUCAAGAAACAAACCUUCCGAAAAUCCCUUUUGGUCCUUUCAAUUUAUUCAUCCAAAGAAGAUGGAAAAAGCCAGCAAACACAGCACAAACUCGGUUAGAAUCAAGAACCAUAGAUUCCAAACUCAACAGACUAACAACAUACCUCAAGAAACUCAAAACCAUCCUCAAAAUCUACGAACUCAUGUCAAAUCGAAAGAGGGGUCCUUUUGUAUCCCUGCAGUUGAUGUCCAGAUGGACAAAUAUAGUGGGGCUGAAUGUAGGUAUGGGUGAGUUUGUGCAUAAGCACCCCCAUGUGUUUGAUGUAUUUACACACCCGGUUAAUAGGAAUUUAUGUUGUAGGAUUAGUGGGAAAUUCAAGGGUUUGGUGAGUGAAGAAGAGCGUCUUGUGAAAGAUUGUGAAUUGGAGUGUGCGAAGAGAGUUAAAAGGUUGUUAAUGAUGUCUAAAAACGGGAGACUUCAUGUUCAUGCUUUGAGGUUGAUUAGGAGAGAAUUGGGAUUGCCUGAGGAUUUUAGGGAGUCAGUUUUAGGGAAGUAUAAGGAAGAUUUUAGGCUGGUUGAUUUGGAGAUUGUUGAAUUGGUUGAUAAAGAUGAGAACUUCGGGGUGGCUGAAGUUGAGAAAUGGAGAGAGAAAGAGUAUAGAGAGAAGUGGUUGAGUGAGUUUGAGACGAAGUUUGCAUUUCCUAUCAAUUUCCCUACGGGGUUUAAGAUUGAAAGGGGGUUUAGAGAGAAGUUGAAGAAUUGGAAAAUGCUUCCUUAUUUGAAGCCUUAUGAGGGAAAUGAGGUUGUUCAGGUGGGCGCUUGUGGUGGGAAGAAUAGAUAUGAGAAACGGGCGGUAGCAAUGAUUCAUGAGUUGUUGAGUUUGACAGUGGAGAAGAUGGUUGAGGUUGAGAGAUUGGCUCAUUUUAAAAAGGAUUUUGGUAUGGAAGUGAAUGUGCGCGAGUUGUUAUUGAAAAAUCCUGGGAUUUUCUAUAUAUCAACUAAGGGAAGCACUCAUACUGUUAUUCUUAGGGAAGCAUAUAGUAAAGGUUGUUUGAUUGAGCCAAAUCCGAUUUAUGUUGUUAGGAGGAAGAUGUUGGAUCUUGUAUUGCUGGGUUGUAGAAACACAAGAGAGUUGCAAGCUGAGGAAGAAAUUAAGAACGGGAGUGACAGUCUCAUUAGGAAAGCAUUUGCUGGAAAUACAACAGUUGGCGAGUGGGUUGUCCCAAUUUCAGAGAGUUUUGACAAUGUGAAUGACCAUGAUGAUCCAGCUGAAAUCAUUGAUGCAUCAGAGGAGUUUGAUGGAUGCUAGGAAAAUUGAAGCGGUGAAAAUGACGAAUGAGCUAGGGGAUGAUACAAAAUAAGCAUAUGGUGACUUUACAUUCAUUAUCCAAGAUGUAAUUCCGUGGACUGUUUGAACUCCAACAAGGUUGCCGCGACAAGCAGUUUAUAAAUGGACUAAUUUCACACAGUACACCAACACAUCCUUUUUGUAACACCGCAUAUUAUCAGUUUAACACUUUCUUCCUCCUUUGUCAGGGGAAAGGAGUAGUAUCGUGUAGCAUUCCAGAAGGUCUAAGGGACAGAAUGUUCGCCUUAAGUUGCAUCACAGUCUUACGAGAUAUGCAGCAGUUUGAAAAUGCAAGUACUCUGAUCGAAAAUGAUGACUGAAGGCAAAUAACUAGUGUUAAAGAGGAUGCAUAGGUUUCUUCUCAGACAUGCUAAGGGUCCCGGGAGCUAACUGCGAGGAUGAAAUGUUAUUGGUUGCUUUAAAGAUGAUCAGGCUGGAAUUAUGGACAAGCAUUCAAGGGAUCAGGGGAUUAAAGCAUUUAGACGAGGGGCGGGGUGGAAGCAUGGCUCUGUCUCUGAAGUCUUAACACAGAUCUUUAUGUGGUGCUGAUAGUGAUUUUGCUUAUUGAUGCGUGAAGUCUUAUUGUACCAUGGACAUGACUGGCACCGGAUGGGGCUGGUUGAGUUUCUUUUUUUUGGUUUCCUUUUAUUCUCCCCCGCAAAGAGUACAGUUUUCAACGGACAGAAGUAGUUUGGUGUAGCAUUGUAGUCUUUAUCGGAUAUGCAGCGAUAUGACAAUGGUUGGACAAUCUGAAGAAUUGAAGAUAUGAAGUCCAGGUGCUGGGGUGAAUAAUGAUGGUGAAGAGAGAAUUGCAGCACAAUGAUCCAUACGCUUCUUCUCCAAUCUCUGUCAUUGUCGUGCCAGGUAGUGUGUAGUGUUUAAUUAAUGUCAGGAGACAACUGGAACAUAGGGAAGGUGGAGAUUAUUGUCAGGAGACAAUUGGAACAUAGGGAAGGUGGAGAUUAGCUUUGUUUAGUGGUGGUGUACAAGAAAUUGAUUCUAAUUGAUGGAAUAACCUCUUAUGCUUUUUU